AUGAUGACAGAUUAUCAGAAAAUUCACCCUGCUAAUGAUUUGGAGUCACAAACCAAACCAACAAUUCCUUUGUAUCCUCGAAACAUUUCAAAGUCCGAUAGACGGGACCCUUUGCAAUAUGAUUAUUUCAAUCCACCUAUUCCGAAACGUAAGUUUCAAGUGAGGCACUCCCCUCCACCAAAGAAGAAAAGAAGUUGCUGUUGCAGGUUCCUGUGCUGCACCUUCACCAUAUUGCUGAUUCUUAUUAUCGCAAUAUCCAUCACCAUUGGAACACUAUACCUUGAUUUUAGGCCAAAGCUUCCUAAAUACUCAGUAGACAGAUUGAGAAUAACUCAGUUCAACCUUUCUGAUAAUAACAAUCUUUGUUACCUUCGAUGUAACAGUAAUUGCUAG